ACUUAUCACGAAGAAUAAUUUCCCCUUGAAGAAUAAAAAUCUCUUCUUAUCCGUAGACGAAUCUGAUGGAAAAACUGACAGAGGAACAUGAAGAGAAACUCUGCCUGGCUAGCCUUCCUUUGCGCAACUAUUUGAUGAAAUACGUGUUGCCAACCUUGACGCAAGGACUCAUCGAAGUUGCAAAUUUGCGUCCAGACGACCCGGUUGAUUUUCUCGCUGAAUAUCUGUUCAGAGAAAAUCCAGAGGGCAAGAUGUUCGAGCCGGAGCACACGAAUGCGUUGGUCUCGAUUCUGAACAUGAUCGACAAAUUCAAUACCUUCUUGCUUCCCGAGGAGGAGGUGAGCAACCAAGUAUUACAACUGUUGAAACGGAAAUCGCCAACGGAGGAAACGGAAUCCAGCAAGUCGGACGUGUGCGAUGUUCAGAAGACUUAUGUCACACCGUGUUUCACUUAUGACGACGGGGACACGUGCGUGGAUGAAGAGAAUGACACGGCCUCCGAGCUGACCGGAGCCGACGACGAGGAUUGACGAAACUCGAAGACAGGAAGAUGCAGGUCCCGGAGGAUUUGCAUGUUUGGCCAAACAUGGAUUGAUAAUUAAUUAAUCUGCACGUGACACGAUAAUGGCAGUAUUUGGUUUGGCAAUGUUACCCGGAAUUCCUGUAAUUUGUUGAGCUGUGCAUACUAAUGAAUCCUUGCAAACCGAUGUUUGCAUAAUGUAUCGAUUGUUCGAUGCCACGGUCUCU